ACAUGACCACUUCCCGGAAGCGCAGCAGACCCGCCCAACUUCAGCCUGGGUUGAGGAGGAGGAGAGUUCCAGGAAUUAUGGCGAAGUCUGGGAUGGCGCAUGAUCCGGAGAGCACAGCUGCAGUCACUGUGCUAAAGCGGGCGGUAGAACUAGAUUCCGAGUCGCGGUAUCCGCAGGCUCUGGUGUGUUACCAAGAGGGGAUUGAUCUGCUCCUGCAGGUUCUGAAAGGUGAGCAAUGAGGCAAGGCGGGGAGGACCUGAGGAAAAGGAGCUGGUUCCUGCUGUGUCUGGGACGUGAAGGAGUUAAAAACAAUUCUUCCACACCACAAAGAAGCAGUUAAAUGCAGAAGGUACCAAAGAUAAUACUAAGAGAUGUAAUCUUAGAGAAAGAAUUUCCAAAUACAUGGACAGAGCGGAAAACAUAAAGAAGUACUUGGACCAAGAAAAAGAGGAUGGAAAAUAUCACAAGCAAAUUAAAAUAGAAGAGAAUGCAACAGGUUUCAGUUAUGAGUCACUUUUUCGCGAAUACCUCAAUGAGACAGUUACAGAAGUUUGGAUAGAAGAUCCUUAUAUUAGACAUACUCAUCAGCUGUAUAACUUUCUUCGAUUUUGUGAGAUGCUUAUUAAGAGACCAUGUAAAGUAAAAACUAUUCACCUUCUCACCUCUCUGGAUGAAGGCAGUGAGCAGGUGCAGCAAAGUAGGGGCCUGAAAGAAAUAGAAGAGUCACUCAGGAGUCAUGGAGUGCUGUUGGAAGUACAAUACUCUUCUUCAAUACAUGACCGAGAAAUUAGGUUCAACAAUGGAUGGAUGAUUAAGAUUGGAAGAGGACUUGAUUAUUUUAAGAAACCACAGAGUCGUUUUUCUCUUGGAUAUUGUGAUUUUGAUUUAAGACCAUGUCAUGAAACAACGGUGGACAUUUUUCAUAAGAAGCAUACAAAAAAUAUAUGACGGGCAGUAGCCUAAUUUAUAUUAUUUCUACUUUAAGUGAAUAUUGGAUUUUUUUUAACAGAUCACUUUAUAAUGUAUGAAUUUAACAAUAAACUUUUAUAUUUCUACUAA